ACGAUAAAAGUAAGAUAUAUAUUAUUUUUCAUUUCAUGUGUUCAACAAAAGUUAAAAUACCAGUUGAAUAAUACAUUUCCGACCUAAGUAUUUUUAGGGAAACAUGAAAAAAGAUAAUAAAGAAACAAAUAUCAAGGAUGCGGAGAUCAAUUCUUAUGAUGGAGAAGAUACGGAUGUUGAGAAAAAAGAAAAAGAAAAGGAUAACAAUGUAUAUCAUGGUUGGGCUUGGGUAGUUGUUGCAGGAUUUACCAAUAGUGUAUCGAUUGGAGACCUCAAUUAUGGACAAAACUGCUGACAAAACACAAGGUACAGUUAUUGUUGUUGUAUGAGGGUUUCCUGAUAGCAAGGCAUAUCGCUUGUUUAUUCAACCAAUCCCUGUUGUGCACAGCGAUGGAUUCUAGCUUUUAUUUUUUCCGCUGGAUUUUUCUUUGUUUUCGCCUUGAGAGUUAACUUGAGUGUUGCUUUAGUCUGCAUGGUAAAGACAGAGUACCAUAACACAACAAUUUCAAAGAUGACCUCCACGAAUGUGUCUGGAGAUGCGUGUAGUGAAAUUCAAGCUUCAAGUGUGAAUUUUAAUGAGAGAGCAGAAUUCGACUGGGAUAAGGAAACUAGAUCAUCUUUACUGUCUGCAUUUUUCUAUGGCUAUAUUAUUACCCAGAUUCCGGGAGGUUGGCUUGCCGAUAGGUUUGGGGGUACACGUGUGUUUGGGAUCGCAAUGGGUGUGUCAGGAAUCUGCACUGUGUUGUUACCGGUUUGUGCAAGAACCUCAGUCGUUUUGGUAUUUAUUCUUCGUGUGAUAUUAGGACUAGUUCAGGGCGUAGUUCAUCCGGCGUGUUAUUCCUUGUGGGGAAGAUGGGCGCCUCGUUUUGAGACAAGCAAAUUGCUAGCAGUGUCGUGUGUUGGAUCUAUCAUUGGAAUUAUAACAACUUUUGCAACCUCUGGUUUGCUAUGUGAAUAUGGUUUUGAUAAUGGAUGGGGCUCGAUAUUUUAUAUAACAGGUGGUCUGUGUUGUUUAUGGGUAGUUCUGUGGUUUGUUCAAGUCCGAGAUUCCCCUAGUAAACACCCAAGGAUUUCUGAAGUAGAAAGAUUGUAUAUCGAGAAUAACAUUGUAUUUGAUACAAGAAAAAAGAAUCUGACAACACCCUGGAAGGACAUGGUGAAAUCUGCUCCACUAUGGGCUUUACUAAUAUGUCACUCAUGUAGCAACUGGGCGGAUUACACAUUAAUGACAAGUUUACCUGCAUUUAUGAAAGAAGUAUUGAGGUUCGACAUUAAAAGUAACGGGGCUCUAUCAGCUACUCCAUAUAUAUGUUCUUCAAUUAGUGUUUUACUGGUAGCUUACUCAGCAGAUAGACUUAGAAUUAAACACAUACUAACAACAACUCAAACAAGGAAAAUUUUUCAAAGUAUUGCAUUUAUUGGAGGGUCAAUUUUUCUGGUAGCAACUGGAUUUGUUCCAUGUUCUAAACGGGAGCUUGCAGUGGUUUUUCUUUGCAUUGCUGUCUUUUUAAAUGGGUUCAAUGCCGCUGGAUACGGUGCAAAUCACAUUGAUAUAGCUCCUAAGUACGCAGGCCUUCUGAUAGGAAUAACAAAUACUGCUGCAACAAUUCCAGGAAUUAUUUCACCUAUGGUUGCUGGCGCUUUGACACCAAAUGGUGACCCAGAAGAAUGGCGGAAUGUAUUUUAUGUCGCUGCUGGGUUUUAUAUUACUGGUAUGGUGAUUUUUGCAAUAUUUGGAAGUGGAGAAAUUCAACCGUGGGCUAUGGAUAAGGAAAUUGAGAUCAAAGUAUCGUCCAGUCUUUUAUUUCCAGUCAAUGAAGACAAUGAUCAACAAGUAGUUCCUGGAAAUGGCACAGUCAAACAACGUCUUUUCAUUGAAAAUAAUGACAACCAUAAUGAUUCAGAUGAUAUUCAGAAUACAAACCUUAAAUAAAUUCGUUUUUACUUGGUGGUCAUUUUGUUUGCAAAUAGACCAUCACUAUCUAUUUCGGAAACUAUAAAAAAAACAUGUAUACCUCAUAUUGGUUUACUUUGAACCGGAUAUGAUUUAAAGGUUGAUGUUACAUGUAUAUCAUGAUACAUAUGCAUAAACAUUUAUUUGACAAGUUCUAUUUUUUUUUUUUUUGCAUUUCAAGUAGAACAUGUUAUUAUCGUGUUAAAAAAUACAAUUCGAACGAAA